AUGGUCCUAAUUCUAGGUCCCUGCAAACAAUACAUCAUCUUCGGCAACUCCCGAUCAAAAGUUCAGGUAGCCCAAACUACGCGCCAGCUGUACGCUCCGAAGCUUAGCGAGGUCCCUGCUGAGACACAGGUGAGACGGAUCAUGCAGUCUGCUGCAAGUCACUGGACCGCCCCGCCGAACCUGGUGGACAUGCAGUUGCUCGCUCGAACCUUCGCGAAGGCGCAUGGGCUACAACCACUGGGAUUUGAGUCCUCGCGGUCGCGGUCGCCGCAGAAGAAGCACACUCCCACCAACUCGUCUUCAGUCCGACCGCGUACGAGGCGCAGCGUUCGGACCAAGGUCCAGGAGUCACUGGGACAGAUAGUGCUGUGUGUCCCUGCCGUUAACGACGGACUGACGCAGGUGCCGAACUGGUUCGCGCAGGUGGACAGAACGGUAUUGGGUGAAGGGGGCGGCAAAGAUAUGCUUCUAUACGAGCUGGACAGAACUGGCAUCAUGCCCGCCUGGCGCCAGGUGAAGGAUGACAGUCACUUCCGAGAUUCCAUGGAAGCGCUGCCGAGGGAGCUGCAAGUGCUGGGCCUCUUGAAAGCACAAGCUCUUAUGGGAAACCAGUUGAGCUGGCAUGCCAUCCGCAUUGCCUUGACUCGGGCCGUGUCCAUGCAGAUCAUCAGCGAGGACGACCUCGAGACCUUCAGCAAAGACAUGCUCAUCAAGGCGGCUGCGGAGGUGAAAGAAAGCCGACAUUUCUCAGAGCUUAAGGACUUGCAUAUCGUUUUGGAAGACGCAGCACAGGAGUAUCUCGACCUUCAGGUUGUGCUCUCUCCGCUGGAAGUGUUGACGGCGCUUUCAUCCUUGGAAAUUCUGAAGGUUUCCGAUGAAGUUGUGGAGCAGCUGAAAGCUGAGAUGAACGACCAUCCUAUGUCUUGA